AAUUAUUUUCCUACUAUGUGUCUAAACUUCUUAUAUAGCGCUAAUUUUGGCAUUUUUAGGUCUCAAUCUCGCUAGAUAUCUAAACAAGAAACAGGGUCCAGUCUGCAAUAUUUAUGCAACAUUUAUUCAUAAAGAAACAAAUUUACAUGACUUUAAUAUUCUAGUAUUUUCCCUCUGUACCCAAAAAAUGAAAAAAAAAACCCAAUGAUUUUCCUUUGACAUAACUCCAAUUUAAGAAGAAAAGGUCAAGGGUGAAAACCAGCAUAUGGUCGGUACUCUGUUUUCUGUACUCUGUCUUCCAACAGUUUUUCCUGUCUCUGGGGCUUUGCUGUUGGUGAUUAGUAAUGGCUGAGGAAUCACAAGUUCGGUUUGUUCGUUGCUUUAAGUGUAAAAAUCUGUUGCAGGAGCUUCCUGAGUACUCUGUCUACAAGUGUGGCUCUUGCGGUGCUGUACUUCGAGCGAAGAAGAAAGAGCCGGCUGGUAAUGGGUUUCUGGACAAGUCCAUUAAGGAGAAGGGAAGAGGGGGUUGUGAGGAAGUGGAUAGUCAGUUAGGUAAAGGAGGUAGUCUACGUAGUGCUUCUGAGACUGAAAUUUGUGGAGUCGAGGGUAUAAAUAGGAGAAAGGAGAGAGAUUUUGGAGAAAAAAGUAUGAAUUUCAACAGUGUUUCAGCAAGAAUAAACAAGGAGAACGUCUUCCUUGGUGAUGAUAAAAAUGUGAGGGAAUAUAGGCAAGAGCAUAAUCGAGCGGAGAAAGGAGUUGGAUAUGUUGAUAAUCAUAUGCCAUCAUCAAAGAAUCCAACGAAUAAUUGGGCUCAAAGGGAUGAUCAGGAUAUGAACAUGAACCGGUCUAAGUCUGUUAACUCAAGUAGGGGGAGCAAAGUUGAAGACUACUCCCCCAAAUUAGCAAACUUUGCUAGGUCCUUGAGGUUGAAAGGUGUUACAGAUAUGCGGGGUGUGGACAGAGAUGGGUUUGGGGGGUUUUAUAAGGGGAGCCUGAGAACAAUUGAUGAACAGGAGAGAUUUUCAGCUUUCCGUUAUCCUGAUGAGGGACCUUCAAAUUAUAGGUAUGGUUCUGUCUAUGGCUACCACAAACCAGUGAGGAGUUUUAAAUACCUAGAUGUGCCUAGUGUGAUUCAAAAUUUUGAUCGAACUCAGCUGCUCAAGGAGCUGGAUGAGUUAAAAGAUCAACUGCUCCAGAGACCCAGGGAUAUGGUUCCUAGUGAUAACAUAAUAGCUUCUGGUGACCCUCUUGGUGGUUCUAUUGGGAACAAGUCUUCUGCUCAUCAUCGUUCUGCACAACAUCCUCAUGUUUCAGAGUUGACUUAUUUAAAUCAUAGUUCUAUGAAUGAUGAUCAUCAUGUGCAGCACUAUGGAAAUGCCCAUCCAGCUUCCAAGCAUGUUUGUCGCAAGAUGCCUGGGUAUGGAGAUUCUCUCUCACCAGGUAUGCACCGAAGAUGGCAUCAGCAAGUAACCCAUAACCACCCUCAGCAUAGGACUUAUGGCUACUCUUCAAGGCAUAAUGAAGAUCUUCUUCCAUCAUAUCCAAAUCCAGAUGAAACCUUGUAUCACCUCCCUGCAUGCUCAUGUUUACAUUGCCAUGACAAAAAUUUGAAAGGCCCUUCGCAAGUCCCACCAGAUUUUAGCAAGAGAAGGUUUUUGAAGGACCCUUGCAAUUCCAAUUUCAAUCAUUAUGUGAAUUCUGAUGGAGUUCGGCAGCAUUAUCUUCCUAGAACUGCCCAAUGCCUUCAAGUGAACUUUCAAGAUUCAUCAGUGCACGUAUGGCCAAGUGACAUCGAUUCAGAUAUUGAUGGUUUUGGUCGAAGAUGUCCUAGAAGGGUAGUGCUAGCCUGCAGGGAUAAACGAAUUUGUCACCCAAUAGCCAAUGGUGCUCCAUUUAUAACAUGCCAUAAAUGCUUGGCAUUGUUAAAAUUGCCUAGGAAAUUAGGAAAAACAAUGAAGAAUGACCAGAGAUUACGAUGCGGUGCUUGUUCAACUGCGAUUGUAUUUGAAAUGGAGAAGAAGAGACUGAUUAUUUCUGUUCCUGGAAAUCCAAAGCAAAGACCUUCUGAGGCUGAACAAAAGUCUUCUGAGUUAUUGAAUGAAAGCCACCUAAGUUCUCUUGGAUGUUUUAAUGCUGGUGCCACUAUCCCCAGCUCCAGUAAUAUUGAACAUUCUGGUUAUGACCAAACAUCUUCUAAGGAAGUAGAGAGCCCUAAUAAUGUGAUUGAUUGGAAAGAUUCUCCUGGCUCUCCGGAGCAGCCAUCUAGUUACGAUAUUUCCCCUGCAGUCUCAAGUUUACCUUUUCAGGAGCAAGUCAGCAUUCCAUCAUCUAAUCAAGCAGUGAGUGGGAGUAGGAAGGGAAAUAGGACAAAACUAGUACAACAAGAGAAGGUUAUCCUGCUGAAAAAUGCCUUUCAAGUUGUCUCUGAGAAAAAUGCGCCAGUGGCAACUGAGGUGGAACUUUCAUUCAGUGGAUAUCUUAAUUCAAGUUCAUCUAAAGACACUUUGCAAGCAAGCAAAGAGGAAAACCACUUGAAACUCCACAAAGGGAGCAAAUCAUUUUUAGUCGGUCUUAUUAAGAAAAGCUUUAGAGAUUUCUCGAGAUCUAAUGAUCACAUAAAGAAUGAAAGACCUAAUGUUCUGGUGAAUGGAAAAGAUAUGUCUGACUCUGCAGUUAGAAAGGCUGAAAAGCAAGCGGGGCCAAUUCGUCCCGGAAAUUACUGAGUGGAGAAAGAAAAGCGUGGAGUUGGCAUGCGGCUCCCUGGUGUGGUUGAGUGAAUAAAGAGCUCGUUAGAUUUCUUCAACCCAUUGGAAGCAGGUGCUACAGCUUCCUCUGAUAAUUAAUCCGAAGAAGCAAUUGCUUUUUCCCCUUGCAGCCAUACUGAUAUUUGUUUGAUAAUCCUAUAAAAACCUUUUUCUAUAUGGUUGGUGGAAUGUCCAAAUCCUUUGUAAUUGGUUGUAUUUAUAACAAGAAAAGUUGGAUUAAAGAUACAUGCUUGUUUGUGCAUUUGGAUC